AUAAAGCCAAACUUACAAACCCUAAGCAAACUCCUGACUAGAAGGCGAGAUCCAAUAUGGACAAGAACAUGUUAGCAGGGCUCGAGGGUCUCCCUGAAGAAGAUAAGAACCGAAUGUCCGCCAUGGUCGACCAUCUUCAGCUUCGUGACAGUUUAAGAAUGUACAAUUCACUUGUGGAGAGAUGCUUCAAUGACUGCGUGGACAACUUCACCCGCAAGACUUUGCAGAAGCAGGAGGAGAACUGUGUCACACGAUGUGCUGAGAAGUUCUUGAAGCACUCGAUGCGUGUAGGACUGAGGUUUGCUGAGCUGAACUCCCAGGCUGCAACACAAGAUUAGAAUCUAAUAAGCAACCUUGAAAAUGCUUCUGCUUUAUCGCAUGGAAUUUUCUUGUUGGGAUAAAAUGGGUUCUUCCUCAGAUGAAAGACAAUACGUUGCCAGGGUUGACGAUUGUUGUUGAUCAUAGGACUUGUUAAUGUUGAUUUCCUCAUAAGAAAUUGAAUAGAUUAUAGUUAUGC